AUUAUGGUCAGACAUGUGCACAAUAUAUUCAGUACGCGUUCAUUAUUUGUAGUGAACGAAAGUGAAGGCAACUUUAGAUAUAUAGAAGCUUGUUGACUAGUUUGUAUCUAGUGAUUUGUGCUACAUAAUCCGGGUUCUUUGAGGAAUUACAAUAGUAAAUUAAGUAAGUUACUUACAUAAUUACAUAACCUAAAAUGUCGGAGGGAAAUGUUGUUACAGAGCAAAAGUUGGAAAAUACCAAUGGCACAAGACCAAAAUGUUUGCCUGAAUCGAAUAGCUAUAGAAAUGAAUUUUACAACAUGAAUCAUAAAUACCGGGGAAAGGCUAUUAUUUGUAAUCAUGAACAUUUUGAAAUUGAUCUCAGGCCAAGACCUGGCACUGGAAAAGACUGUGAAAAUCUAGAAAAAUGCUUGAAUGACUUGGGAUUUAGUGUAGAUGUGUUAAGUAACCCAAAAUAUGGAGAAAUUAUGUACCAUAUUAAGAAAACGGCGUCGAUGAAUCACUCUAAAAAUGACUGCCUUCUAAUCGUGGUGUUAACUCACGGAACGAAUGGAAUGUUGUAUGCAAAAGACACACAUUACAGACCAGAAAAAUUGUGGAAUCUAUUUACCGAAGAAAAUUGUCCAACAUUAGCCGGCAAACCAAAAUUAUUUGUGUUCCAAGCUUGUCAGGGUGAAGAAUAUGAUGACGGCAUUACGUUAACAAAGAACAUCGAGACAGAUGGAUGGUUCGAACCCAAUCGAAACCCCACUCAUCCCGACUUCCUCGUGGCAAAAUCAACCGUGCCUGGCUAUUACUCUUGGAGAAAUAGUACUCGAGGUUCCUAUUUCAUUACAGCGUUAUGUGAAGAAUUAUACAACUCAGGAAAAACAACUCAUAUUUUGACAUUGCUAACAUUUGUUUGUCAAAACGUUGCUCUUAAUUUUGAAUCAAGUACGGACGAAGACAUCAGCAAUGAGAAAAAGCAAGUGCCGUGUAUUUCGAGUACGCUAACACGUCGCCUGGUGUUUUCUGAAAAACCGGAUAGGUCAAAAGAUAUGAAUUCAUUUGUUAAAUGUUUUGAGGAUAAUUGUCUUUGUUAAAUAUUUUAAUAAAGUCGCAAUAUUUACAUUUUAAUUAUGAUAUCUUAAUCUCUUCUUUCUUUCUUUCUCCUGCCCUGUUCCCAAAUAUUACUUGGGGUCGGCGCAAUAUGUCAUUUUCUUCCAUUUUCCCCUGUCACUCGUCAUACUGACACUCACUCCCUUCCUAUUCAUAUCAUCUUUCAGGCAAUCCAUCCAUCUUUUCUUAGGUCUUCCUCUUCCUCUCCAUCCAUCUACAUUCAUACUUAGCACACACUUUGUUGCAUGCGUAUCAUCCCUCCUCAUUACAUGUCCAUACCACGACAAUCUUCUACUUCUCAUCUUUUCUGUAACUGGCGCUACUUUCAGACUUCCUCUAAUGUAAUCAUUCCUCACUUUAUCCAUUCUUGUAACACCACACAUCCAUCUCAGCAUUCUCAUUUCUGUUACAUGCACUCUCUUCUCGUCCCUCUUUUUCAAUGCCCAACACUCCGAUCCAUACAGGACGACAGGU